CUAAGCAGCUUCCAUAAAUUAAAGCAAAGGUGGUAAAUGCCUAAACCGUUGAGUGGAAGAUUCAAAUCUAAAGGUUUGGUUUCGUUUUCAUGGUUUUGGGUCUAUCGUUGGAUUAUAUUGAAUCUGAAAGUUGAGAAUCACACUACAAGUUGAGUGUGCAGAGAAAGGCUCGCUCUUCAUUUUCGUAUUUCAAAUUAUUCAUAGGCGUACCUGACCUAAUAUCAGAUUACGAAGACUAUAACAAUAAGAUGGAAGUAUUGAGGAAGACUAGUACUGAGCCUGAUUCGGGAACCGAAGUCAAAGUUCGCUCCAUCGUGUUGACAGAGCACGGCUCCUUUGAUCACAUCAAGGUAAUGGAGUGGCCGCUGCCUUCAAGAUGUGGUCCGUUACAAGUGAGAGUAGCUGUGAGUUUCUGUGGUGUCAACUUUGCUGAUGUUUAUCACGUCCAAGGAAGGCUUUUGCAGACUGCAGUCCCGUAUGUGAUGGGGCUCGAGUGUGCUGGAAAAGUUUUAGAGAUUGGAACUUGCGUCAAUCACAUAGAUGUUGGAGACCGUGUGGUUUGCUACAUGCCCGAGUCUGGCUGUUUCCAGGAGACUGUUAUUGUUCCUAGUUCCCAAUGUUUCCUCAUACCCGAAGACAUUAGCACGGACAUAGCUUGUUGCCUUCCAGCCAACUAUUUGACUGCCUACUUUGCACUCUGUGAAUUGGGCAACUUGCGACCAGGAAAUAGUGUGCUGAUCCAUUCAGCUGCUGGUGGAGUAGGCUGGGCAGCCACUCAGCUGGCUAAUUUAGCCGCAUAUGAUGUCAAAGUGUACGGCAUAGCCUCUGAGAGCAAACAUGACGAGAUCAUCAAGAACGGAGUCUUGGUUGCGCUCACCCACGACAACUUCUCUUCACGCCUAAACAAACCGGAGUUUGACAUCAUCAUUGACAAUGUCGGAGGUGUGAGUACCAAACGGAGCAUGGCUCUGCUCAAACCUCUAGGGCGUAUAAUCUUGACAGGAGCCAACAGUGUUAUACAGGACAAUGAGGCUAAGGUCACAGAGGCCCUGUUUGCCCUGAGCUCUAGUGUAGUGCCCAUGCAAGAGUUAGUGGCUGGCAACAAGGCAGUAUGUGGUCUGCACAUGGGAACCUUAUUGCAGGAAGCUCCAUCUUUAGUCAAUGAUGCUAUGCGACACAUUUUUAAACUGUGCCAAGAAGGCAAAAUCAAGCCUAAGAUCUAUGCUGUACAUCCAUUUAGCCAGGCUUCUGCUGCCAUAAAAACUUUAGCUUCCAGAAAAAAUAUUGGUAAAGUUCUCCUGGAUCUUAAUUGAAUUGCAGUGUUAGUGAUGAAUGGUAUACGUGGUUUCUGGAAUACUUGUAAGGUGUAUUGU